UUGAGUUGUGUUAAAUCUUGAGCAAAAGCUAUAAUUUUGCCCUAUAUAAACAUUCCGUUAGCUAGCUAGCAAAUUAGCUUGCCAGAAAAUAAAGUAGAGUAACAGUAGGGAUAUGGGGAACAUUAAGUUUUUGUUGUUAGUGUUUUUUCUUAUAGCAAUUGUGGCUAAUGGUUGUUGGGAGGAAGAGAGAAAUGCUCUCUUGGAUCUGCAAGCAAAUAUAAUGCAUUCUAAUGGCGAAUUGUUGGUUGAUUGGGAAGGUUAUAAUGCCAAUGGAUUUAUAGAUUGUUGUUUCUGGAAAAGGGUAAAAUGCAGCUUAGAAACAGGUCGAGUGAUCAAACUCGAUCUCGGAAGUGAAAGUAUCGGAACAAAUUUUGGUACAGGGGAUGGUUGGAGAUUUAAUGCCUCUCUCUUUCUUCCAUUCAAGUCACUACAACUUCUUUUAUUGUCUAACAGAAAUAUUAUAGGGUGGACAAAAAAUGAAGGGUUCAGUAAACUAAGGCAGCUGCCUAACCUGAAAGAAGUCGAUUUGCAAUAUAAUCCGAUCCAUCCUAAAGUUUUACUAUCAUCUUUAUGUUCGAUUUCAUCUCUUGAGGUUCUAAGACUUGGUGCAUAUGCUGGUACCUCUUUCGACACAUCGACAUAUAAUCGAAGGAUGAGUAAGAAAUGUGGAGGGCUAACCAAUUUAAGAGAACUCAAGUUUACAGGUUAUGGAAUAAGUGACAUCAAUAUCCUUUCUGCAUUGGGUAAGCUUGGACUGAGGAAUUUAGAGAAACUCAAUUUGAAUCAUAAUAACUUCAAUUCCACCAUCUUUUCAUCGCUGAAGAAUUUUCCUUCUCUCAAGCAUCUGAAUCUCGCCGCGAACAAAAUAAAUGGAAAUAUCGAAAUGAAUGAUAUAAUUGCUUUGAGCAACUUGAAACAUCUGGAUCUCUGGAAUAACAAUAUAGAGAGCUUUGUGACUACCAAAGGUAGAAAACGAAUGAGUUAUCUGCGAAAUUUACAAUUGGGAAAUCUUAACUCCAACUCGAGCAGAGUCAUACAAUCCUUAAAAUCAUUCUCAUCUCUUAAGUCACUUUCUUAUGAAGAUAGUGAUCUCACUUCUCCUAUCAUAAUUUACGCAUUAAGAAAUUUGAGCACGGUGGAGUACUUAUACUUGGAUGGAUCUUCUUUAAAUGACAACUUUCUGGCAAACAUUGGACAAAUGACUUCUCUUAAAGUGUUGAAUUUGGCUGUUGGAAAUACUGACACCAUCCCUAAUCAAGGUUGGUGUGAACUCAAAAACAUUGAAGAACUGGACUUUUUAAACAAUAAUUUUGAGGGAACACUGCCUUCGUGUCUUGGAAACUUGACAUCACUUCGAUGGUUGUGUUUGGCCGGGAAUUACUUGAGAGGAAAUAUAGCGUCACAUUCAAUUUGGAGGAGACUCACAUCACUUGAGUACCUCGAUAUUGCGGAUAACCAAUUUGAUGUUCCUCAGUCAUUCAUCCAAUUUUCCAACCAUACAAAAUUGAUCUACUUGGAUGUUGGUUAUAAUACAAUAAUUGCAGAUACCGAAUUCCAAAAUUGGAUCCCAAAUUUCCAGUUGGAAUUGUUUGGUAUAAAUGGAUGUAUAAAGCUUCAAAAAUUGCCUUCUUUCCUUCACUACCAAUAUGACUUGAGGAUUCUUUCUAUAGAUGGAAAUCAGCUGCAAGGAAAGUUUCCAGUAUGGUUGUUAGAAAAUAACACCAGACUUACAGGGUUUUAUAGUAGAGAUAAUGCUUUCAACGGACCAUUCAAGUUGCCUUCGAGUGUUCACCUCCAUCUAGAGGCGAUUGAUGUCUCUAAUAACAAACUAAAUGGACAUAUUCUAGAAAAUAUGAGUUUAGCCUUCCCAAAGCUUACCAUUUUGAACAUGUCACAAAAUUUUUUUGAAGGUUCUAUACCUUCCAAAAUUAGUGGCAUUCAUUUAAAAUUUCUAGACCUAUCUGUCAAUAACUUGUCCGGAGAAGUUCCUCAUGAUCUGGCAAUUGGUUCUCCACAAUUGUUCUACCUUCGGUUGUCAAACAACAAGCUUAAAGGACAUACAUUUUUGGAGGUCAAGUCACAUUUAUUGUCCUUUUUGUAUUUGAGUGGCAAUAACUUUGAAGGACCACUGCCUGGGAACAUUUUUCUCAGAUACCUUAUUGUACUGGACGCUAGCAGGAAUAGUUUCACUGGGGAGAUUCCGAGAUGGAUUACAGAUAAUACUAGAUUGUUACAGCUUGAUUUGUCCAAAAAUCAUCUCGAAUGUUUGAUUCCAGUUAAGAUUUGCAAUUUGAAGAUUAUUAAUGUCUUAGCUAUGUCCGAAAACAGGCUUUCAGGAUUUAUACCUUCUUGUGUGAGUUCUUUACCUCUCAAACACAUCCAUCUUGAGAAAAAUCAAUUGGGUGGUGAAUUGGGACAUCUACUUUCCAACUUCUCUUCUCUGAUAACAUUGGAUCUUCGCUACAACAAUUUUGCUGGAAAUAUCCCACAUGCCAUAGGCUCACUUAAUAAUCUGAACUACCUUCUCCUUAGCAAUAACAAAUUGGAAGGAGAUAUUCCAACUCAGAUUUGUAUGCUGAACAAGUUAUCUAUUGUGGAUUUAUCUUUCAAUAAACUUUAUGGUCCACUCCCUCCUUGUUUGGGCUACUUAACACAGGCCAAAAAUGAUGCAGAGAUAAGUAGGACGUAUUAUCCUGAGACUUCUAGGCUUUCAUUGUUAAAUUUUAUGGUCUGGAUACGUUCGAAAAGGCAUUACCACGAUAGUCAUGGACUUCUAACUGACAUGUCUUUGAUGGAUGUGGAAACUCAAGUCCAGUUUUCAACUAAAAGAAACUCAUACACUUAUAAGGGAAGCAUUCUUAAAUAUAUGUCGGGUAUUGAUCUCUCAAGUAACAGAUUAACUGGUGAAAUUCCCGUUGAGCUAGGGAACAUGAGCAGUAUACAUGCAUUGAAUCUAUCACACAACCAUCUCAACGGAAGAAUACCAAAUACCUUCUCCAAUCUACAUGAAAUUGAGAGUUUAGACCUUUCCUACGACAGAUUGAAUGGGAGAAUUCCUGUUGGUCUACUUGAGCUAAAUUCUUUGGCAGUAUUCAGUGUUGCAUACAACAACUUAUCGGGUGCAGUACCUGAUUUUAAAGCUCAAUUUGGAACUUUCAAUAAAAGCAGCUACGAGGGAAAUCCUUUUCUUUGCGGUUAUCCAUUAGACAACAAGUGUGGCAUGAGUCCUAAAUUGUCAAAUACCUCCAAGAUUAAUGGAGAUGAGGAAUCAUCGGAAUUGGAGGAUAUUCAGUGUUUUUUCAUUGGCUUUGUUGUGUCUUAUGGAGGGAUCUUGUUGGGAUUAGCUGCAGCACUUUGCUUCAAUCGUUAUUGGAGAAAAGCAUGGUUUAUGAUAGAUGCAUUGAUGUUUUGUUGUUACUAUUUUGUUUUGGACAACAUUGUUACACCCAUCAAGAGUAGAUGGUGCAGGAAUGUUGGUUAG